GUAAAGAGAAUGACACAUGUGCUGUUUCCUUUCCCAGUUGUCGAAGGGUCAGGAACCAGACAAGAACAAGAGGAGACUUCUCCAGGAGACUCCUGCCUUUUUCUGAUCCUUCCAGCUGUUCUGCUCAAUCUCCCCAGCCCUCCCUGAGCCAGACGAGACCAGUGGCCCAGGGCGCUCUGGAGUCUGUCAGUUAUGAGUAACCCAAACAGUACAACAGUGGAUGACGCAGGAGAUACCAGUCCGGGGAAUGACAUCAUCAUCAUUGCAGUUGUGAUUGCUGCUGUGGUCUUUGUCCUCAUCUGCCUCCUGCUUGUAAUUCUGCAUUACACGUGCCGGCACAAGGGCACCUACUACACAAAUGAAGACAAGGGAACUGAGUUUGCAGAGAGUGCGGAAGAAGCCCUGAAAAACGACCCAACCCUUGAGGAACCUGGAGAUGAGAGCAAAAAAGAAUAUUUCAUUUGAGAAACAGGAAUGAUUCCCCCACCAAAAAAAAAGUCACCACACAGAGAUUUUCUUAAUGUUCCCCACCAUGGAGGAUACACCUCACAAUACUACAUCUGGGAAACAGGAAAGCCCCAGUGAUAUGGCCAUUUUGAGGGGAAGCUGCAGCUGCCACCACCCCCAUUUCGUGGCCAUUUUCUUUUUUCAGGGAGAACUGAAUGCCAGAUUGGGGGUUAUUGAUUUCAUUUGCAAUACAGAUGGUCACCGUUAAAUUCAAUGUCGUGGGAGCAGGGACAUGGGGUAGGGGAGGGAGUGGAAUGGGAAAUUUAAUCAUUAAUAUACUGACAGGGCAUAAUGAUAUCAAAUGUCAGUCCUUGACAUUUAGGAAAAACAACAGGUGCCAAUGCAAAAAAAAAAAAAGGAUACCUUAACAGCAGAGGAUGCGCAUGUCCCAUUGAUAUAUAGCAGAGCUAUUGGAAAUAAAUUUUAAAUGGUAACAGAACAUUA